AAUGACGGUUUCCUAGCAAUAUAUACACGCCCAAUGAACGAAGGGAUACCGCAGUCAAGUGCUUUAAUCCUUUUUGGGGGCUGCAGGCAGUGCGUUGGUCACCUGGCAAUUUCCGUGGACCGGCAAUGUGAUAGACACCAAGCAAUUGGGGGCUUUGUUGCGGCAUUGGCCACGGAAGCAGUAGCGGGGCAAACAAAUAGUUGGUACCGGUGACGUUCAUUCAGUGUUGUUCUGGAAGAAAAUGAUCCAUAGCUUAUUUUUAAUAAACUCGUCUGGUGACAUAUUUCUGGAAAAACACUGGAAGAGUGUGGUUAGCCGCUCAGUUUGUGAUUAUUUUUUUGAAGCCCAGGAAAAUGCAGGAGAGUUUGAAAAUGUGCCACCAGUCAUCCCAACACCACACCACUACCUUAUCAGUGUCUACAGGGAAAAGAUGUUCUUUGUGGCAGUUAUCCAGACGGAGGUGCCCCCACUGUUUGUCAUAGAGUUUCUGCACAGGGUCUCCGAGACAUUCCAGGAUUACUUUGGUGAAUGUUCUGAAGCUGUCAUCAAAGACAAUGUUGUCAUAGUGUAUGAACUGCUGGAAGAAAUGCUAGACAAUGGCUUCCCACUGGCAACAGAAUCAAACAUCUUAAAGGAAUUGAUCAAGCCCCCUACCAUAUUGAGAUCUGUUGUAAAUACAAUCACAGGCAGCAGCAAUGUUGGAGAGACCCUUCCUACAGGACAGCUGUCCAACAUCCCUUGGAGACGAGCAGGUGUCAGAUACACAAAUAAUGAAGCAUAUUUUGAUGUUGUUGAAGAAAUAGAUGCCAUCAUUGACAAAGCUGGUUCAACUGUAUUUGCAGAAAUUCAGGGUGUAGUGGAUGCGUGUGUUAAGCUCUCUGGAAUGCCUGACCUUACUCUUUCAUUUAUGAAUCCAAGACUUCUUGAUGAUGUCAGCUUUCAUCCCUGUGUUCGGUAUAAGCGAUGGGAAUCGGAACGAGUAUUAUCAUUUAUUCCUCCAGAUGGAAACUUCCGCCUUAUGUCAUAUCGUGUUAGUUCUCAAAACCUUGUUGCAAUUCCUGUGUAUGUCAAGCACAACAUCAGUUUUAAGGAAGGCAGCUCUUUGGGCCGGUUUGAUGUCAUAAUUGGGCCAAAACAGAACAUGGGGAAGACUGUGGAAGGUGUCUCAUUGACAGUUCACAUGCCAAAGGUUGUUUUAAACAUGAACCUUGGUCCUUCUCAGGGCACCUAUAAUUUUGAUCCUGUCGCAAAGAUUUUAACCUGGGACGUUGGAAAAAUUAACCCACAAAAAUUGCCAAAUCUGAAGGGAAGUUUAAGUCUUCAGUCAGGGGCUCCAAAACCAGAUGAAAAUCCUAGCCUUAACAUUCAGUUUAAGAUACAGCAGCUUGCAAUAUCAGGACUGAAAGUAAAUCGACUUGAUAUGUAUGGAGAGCGAUACAAACCAUUUAAAGGUGUGAAAUAUGUGACCAAAGCAGGGAAAUUCCAAGUGAGGACAUGAUAAAACCAAAGGGACAUGUAGUCUUUGUGCCAGUACGUCAAGCGAUAUCAAUCAGCGUCCAGUGCUUCUUGUUAUGUCAGUGUCUAGAAAUGUCUGACAUUCAGUCACAAUUUUUUUACACUGCAAUUGUUGUUUUUUUAAUCUUUGCUGUUGUGGUAUGUGCUUUGUCUUCUUGCCCCACAUGUAUUUAUUUGCCAUUUCAGCAGUAUAACAGCUGUUUCGGAACUAAUAUUUCUUUUGAUGCUAUUGAUUGUGUGUACACAGUGUGUGUGUGCGCGUGUGUGAGUGCGUGCACACGUGUGUGUGUGUGUGUGUGUGUGUGUGUGUGUGUGUGUGUGUGCGUGUGUGUGCGCACGUGUGUUUAACCUGGGGGCGUGGUACAGAUCGUAAAUGUCUUCUGAGAUGGAAGUGGAAACUUCUAUCCAGGUAAAUUUUUGAAGGGCUUUUUCAAGGUACUCCAUCUCACAAGAAUUUUAGUAAAGGCUUUCCUGUUGCAAAUCUUUUCAGCUUGUAACUAUCAUGAGUGCAUCAAUAUGGGUAAAACAAGAGCAUAGAAGGUGGGCAUAACAUUCUGUAAAUGCAUAAAAUGGGUAGAUUUUCCCUCCCAUUUGGAACAUGUUUUGGAAUUGCAAGGUAGUUAAGCUUGGGAGCCUAUUUCCUUGAUAGACCAUAUUUUGAAGACGGACGUUGAGGUUCAUCAUGAGCUUUGUCAUUGCAGGAAAUUGUAUCAUUGGGAAGAAGCUGAGGAAUAUGUUCAGGCAGCCUGAUGCAGCAUACCUCCCUCAGUUUUUUUUUGCCACCUGAAAUGAGAGGUCAUACCAUGUUUUCAGAGUUUGCCCCAUUUUGUCCUGGCCUUCAUCUUAUAUCAAUGAUAAGUAUAUUUUUCUGUAUUAUGGUACUCAACAAUAUUGUUGAAUUUUCUUUACGUUUGGGAUUUUUUUUAAAUAAGGCCCUUAGAAUCAGUAAAUUGGAAUUGAGGCUUAUCUGCAAACAUUGUGAAUUUAAGUUGUAUUCAAGUUCCACUGUUGUCAUUUCACUCCAGUGCUUUCAAUAAAAUACGAUUUCAAGGCAAACUUUUUCAUUAUUAAAUGAUAAUUAAUUAGGUCUCUAGAGACUCUCAAUGUUUCUAGAAUGUCCCCCUUAGCUAACCUUCUAGCAUUUUGGGUCGGGGAGUGUCUAAGCAAGGAUGUUUGUCGAGCAGAUGCCUGGUUCUAAAACAGCUGUCACAUGUUGGGAGCAGAUGUGCAAGACUGAGCAUGGGGGGAUAAUUAGGUGCCGGUCUCUUAGAUAUUUGAGAUUCCCCCCUUUUUACUACAGAUUAUGAACAAUAUACAAAAGGCUAGACUAUCUUUAUUAAUUGCACCAGAGCUUUAUACUUUGGAGUCUUUCCCAGGAAAAAAAAUCAGAAGCAAGAUCGCCUUUAUUUUCUUUUUCAGAGAAGGAAGAUAAUUAUCUGUCAUAUUUUAACAAAAGUUUCUCCCUUUUGAGAUAUAGUCAUGAUUCAGAUGAGAUGCGGUCUAUAACUUCCAGAUCCACACCCGAAAACCUUUUUUUCAAGUAAGAUUUUAAGCCCAUCAUUAAUGAUCAUUUAAAGUGGGUCUUUUGAAAAUGUGUCUGCCUUUCUUUAAAAUGAAAAGUUAAUCUUCUAAACAUUUACUAACCUAAGCCACCUGUUGUACCUCUUUUUUCUCAUUUUUUGAGGAUGUUUUCUGCUCAGUGUAUUUAAAAACAGAUUCAUGGUCACCUACUGUUAUAAGGCUUAACCAGUUUUAUAGGAUACAUGAAGGGUUUAUGUUCGUAUAUAAGAAUAUGGUGGUAGGGACCAAGUGAAGGUGGAGCUGGUGUCACAGGAAGUGUUCAGCCACACUGCAGCUCGUUAAAUACUAUGUUCGGCCACACUGCAGCUCUUUAAAUACUAAUAGGACAGGAUUUGUUGGAUAGGGAUGGUGAGAAGUUCUACAUUUCAGCCACUUUAAGGAUUACAGUGAUCAUUUACCAACACCAUGUGGCACAGUAUGUCUGACUUCCACAAGCAGGCUGGCAGUUUAAUCAAGGAUAAUUCUAAUACUUCCUUGAAAGAGAAUAUCUCCAGUUUAACCCAAACAGCAGAUAAAAUUGGGAUUCUCAUGUAGUGAAGUGUGGUUAUAACAUUGUGAAUUCCUACAUUUGGCAUUCUCUCAGAAUGUUUGGUUGCACACCCAGCCUUUUAAUGAGUAUUUCAAGGGCUACUUCCUGGAUUCACCCUGGAUAACUCCUUAUGGUUCCUCCCCAGCUGAGAAUGUAUUGCAGCAAUUCAGUGGGAAGCUGCAAAAUAACACAGAAUGUGAAAGCAAUGUUUUUUUUACUCCGGUUCUGAAAUGUUAAAGUAGCACUCAAAUUCAGGGACAUUUUAUGGAAAAUUGUAUAAGCAGCAUGAAGGGAAAAAAAACAGCAUCAGAAAAUGCAUUGGAAGUGAUGGGAAAUGAUAUUUCUUUAUUUUCCUGUUUUCCCAAAAGGAAAACUAUUUCUAGAUGUGCUUAUCUGGACCAAAAUUUCUAAAAUGGAAAAAGUCAAAAUGUAAACAUCCAGUCUAUUACCCCAUGCUGCGCACAAUACCUUUUUAUUGACUCUGGGCAUGCUGGAUACUUUCCUACAGUUUCCUGUUCACAAAGGCAUGUGAUGCUCAGAUUUCAGGUCGGAAACUCCCGUUAUCGUUUCCUGCCUUUGACCUUUGGCCUUUUUACUGCAUCCACACUAUUUUCAAGGUGCUUGACACCCCUGCCUUUGACCUUUGGUCUUUUUACUGCAUCCACACUAUUUUCAAGGUGCUUGACACCCCUGCCUUUGACCUUUGGUCUUUUUACUGCAUCCACACUAUUUUCAAGGUGCUUGACACCCCUGCCUUUGACCUUUGGUCUUUUUACUGCAUCCACACUAUUUUCAAGGUGCUUGACACCCACUUGUUUUUGUCUCAGAAUGAUGGUGUUCAACAGAGCUGAACUUAUUUGAAGGAUGAUCUGAGUCAGGACACUUCUGUUCAGAGCCUUAGCUUUGUGACCCAUGAGUUUCAAAUGAUGUAUACGCCCUGUUUUGGAUACCAAGACUACUGUGACUUGUGUUAUUCAGAACAGAGUUUAACUGAUAAUGGAUUUUUGUCAUGCACACUACUCACAAAUGACAUUUAAAUGACGUGGAUGUUCCUGAUAGCAAAUGUCAUCCCCCACAUUAAUGGCUGACAGCAACCUGGGUGUUUGAAGACCAAACAGAAGGUGAGAUAGAAUUCUGGGGUGGUGUUCUGUUUAGGUGCACCUUUCUAACUGCUGCUGGUAGAGACAGAUAGCAGUAACAGUGGUAAUAUCCAAUAUAGUGACAUGGCUUGGGCAGAAACAAAGUCACUGUGCACUAAGUGUUUUUUUAGGCAGGGGUAGUGCCCUUGCAGCAUUCAUUGCUCUCCCAGCUGUACAUAAGUCCGUCAGCUUGCUGUGGGGUGGGGCUCAUUGUGAACAUUCAUUUGACUUUUGUGAUGCAGUGGGUGGUGGGAGUGCACAGCGAUUUUGUUAGUUUGCCAGUCCUAAGGAGGAGGGUUACCAGCCAGUGGGGAGAAAUAAAUGAUUCAGUACAUCAAGGGAAGGAGACAUAAUGGAAGGAUGGGGAGGGGAAAAGCAUUCUAUUUUUCAAAAAUCCAUUUUUUUGUAUUUUGAGAGCGCUGUGUACUUGCUCAUUUCCCCUGUCAUGAAACCAUUUGCUUCUCAGAAGCAGUGGGGCCUUCUUCAGUGAAUAGAGUGCAUCUCCUACCCCCACAGUGAAGGGAUAUAUUCGGGGUAUUCGUCAAUUCCAGUGCCCUCAGACAGAAUGGAACAUUGAGGUUCAUAGUAGUCUGAUGUCAUCAGUAGUGGAACUAUUUAGAAAAAGUUGAUAACUGUGUUAGCUCUUAAAGCUUUCCAGUCAGUCCCACAGUUUGAGACUUCGGAAACAUUUAAGGAAAGUGCAAAAGUAGUAAGAAUCAUUUGCAGAGAGGUGCACUUUCUUGGCUAUGAGAGCAGAGAGAUAAGCCACUGUAGUUCAAAGAUAAAUAUAAAAACACUGUAGUUAACUACCACUAAAGCUAAAACUGAAAAAAGAUAAGUAGUCAAAAAUGCACUACAUCCAGAAAAACUAUAAAAUUUAAACUUAAAAAUAAAGUAAAAUAAAUAAACAAACAAUAUUUCAAACCCCCUGCACUCUCCAUGUAAGAGCAUUAAGCAGCCAUACCUCCCUUACUUAAAUGUACUUAACUUCACAGUCACAUCACCAUAGUAUUAUGGUACAUCAGUCACUUUUCAGAAUUAUUUUUUCACUUAAUGGUCAGGAAGAAACAAAUUCUAAUCGAGAGCACACACACACACACACACACACACACACACACACACACACACACACACACA